GUGUAUACUGGGAUGGAUCGAUGUGGAUUGGCAUUAAAAUUAGUGCGCGUUGCUGACUUUGCAUGAUCUAAUCUAAAGUUAUUCGUGAAAAAUGUCGCAAAAACGACUAAAAUACUUGUCUUUAAAGGAAAUAGUUGAUGUAAUAGAAAAAUUAAAAGGAGGAUCAAGCGUAACCAGCUUAGUAAACCAGUACAGUGUUGCAAAACCAACAAUUUGCGCUAUCAACAAAAAAAAGAGAACAUUUUAAAAUGUGUUAACAGUACAUUUUCUGGGUCUGGAAAGCGGAAGACUUUGAAGUGUUCUGAACUUCCUAAAAUGGAAAAAGCGCUUUACCGUUGGUUUCUUAAACAGCGACAAAAAAAUUACCCUGUCAAUGGAUUGAUAGUUAAAGAAAAAGCUAAAUUUUUUCAUUUAAUAAUUAAAGAAACUCAAAGCGAUUUUAAUGCGAGUGAUGGAUGGUUGCAACGCUUUAAGAAGCGUUAUGGUCAGGAAAUUUUUAAAAGAUCAAGGAUUGCCCAAUAAAGCUCUGCUGUUGAUAGACAAUGCUCCAUCUCAUCCUCCCGAAAAUGAAUUGAGAUCAGAUGACGAGUUAAUAACUGCAAUGUUUAUGCCACCUAAUGUCACUCCACUCAUACAGCCAAUGGAUCAAAAUGCCAUACGACUAACAAAGCUUUUCUACAGAAACAGUCUUUUGGCAUCAAUUGUAGCCACAGGGACUGAUGUUAUUGAAGCCCUAAAGAAAUUGACGUUAAGAGACGUUAUUGGCUAUUUAGAUUUAGCUUGGCAACGUCUUGAAAAGAAAACAAUAGCAAAAUGCUGGACGAACAUUUUAAGCUCUAUAGAAGAUGAAAAAGACUGUGAUGAGGAUAUUCCAUUAGCUACUUUGAGAGAAAGGAUUUGUUUACCAAUUAACAGCCAACAAGAACGCGCAAUAGAACUGCUUCAUUCAAUUAAUCCAGAGGUUAGUUUUUCAAUUGCUGAUAUCAAUGAAUGGGCUGAAGAUUUUCCUAACUCAACCGAAACGAACGAGGUUUUAAUUAGUGAUGAAAGUGAAAGCGAGGAUAGUAAUCUGGAAAGACUACAUGCACGAAUAGAGCCUAGUGAAGCGAUCAACAUUUUUAAUAAAGCUUUGGAAUGGGCGGAAGAUGAAAAUAUAAGUCCAACAGAUAUCAGCGUGUGCAAUGGUUCCAAGGAGAUUGGUCGUGAGCUUGAAACCCUUUCUGAAAAAUUAAGGCGUUAUGAAACGCUGUUUCAAUCAUUUCAAUGCCUAAAUAUUCCGGAAGAGAAUCCAAAACCUAAACGAAAACGUCCGUCUGAUGAAGAUACCACUGUAUCUUCCUUAAAAAGAAUGCCCCCACCCACUAUUGACCUCAUAAAUCUUGCAUACCCUUGUCCUCAAGGGGAGAAGGUUCCGUCUGCUCAGGACACAGAGAAAACUGUUACUGAAUACGAACGCCAGAUUCUCUCCGCUGUGGCAAAGCUUUUUGACCCCGCAGGAUGGCUUUCGCCAAUUAUGAUUCAAGCCAAAAUCCUAAUACAAGAAUUAUGGCUAGAUGGUACCGACUGGGACGAGCAAGUAAAACCACUUCAUCUAGAAAAGUGGUCCCUGUUCGCGAGUAAUCUGAACGACAUCUCGCAGAUACAAAUUCCACGGUAG